AUGGAAAACGGACUUCACGUUGAGGAUAGUAUCUGGUUCUAUGCCCCGAAUAAGGGAGUACCAGUAUUUUUCGCGAUCGCUUUUGCAACUAGUGGCGGCGUUCAUUUCUGGCAGGCCAUGCAUUAUAAGAGCUGGAGGCUUACCGGCCUUUACUUCGCCUGCUCGCUCCUGUUCGUGGCAGGUUUUAUUGCCAGAGUACUCGGGGCAUUCGAUUACACGAAACUUAUAUACUAUGUCGUUAGUACCUGUCUUAUUUAUGCCGCUCCUCCCUUAUAUGAGCUUUGCAAUUACUAUGUCCUCGGCCGUAUACUGUACUUCGUCCCAUAUCAUUCUCCGAUCCACCCAGGCCGUGUAUUGACGACCUUUGCCGCCAUUUCCACCAUAAUCGAGACGCUCAGUGGUAUAGGGGCAGCUUACCAAUCUAUUCGGACUUUGCCAAUAGGUUUGCAACAAACGGGUCAGACGUUACUCAAGGCCGCGUUGACAUUGCAACUCGUCGUCGUCUGCCUUUUUCUCGCGCUGGCCGUAACUUUCCACACAAGAUGCCUAGGAAACGGGAUCAACCAUGUUAAGAUCAACCAGGCACUCCUGACUCUUUAUAUCAGUAGCGCGAUCAUUAUGGCUAGAUGCAUUUACCGAACGGUUGAGUUCUUCGACAUUAGCAGCGUGAACUUUUCGUCGCCCGACACUGAUCUCUUGGUGCUGAGCCCUAUUAUCCGCUAUGAAUGGUUCUUUUACGUGUUCGAGGCGACGCUCAUGCUUUGCAAUAGUAUUCUGCUGAACAUACGCCAUCCACGUCGGUGGCUUCCCGAGUCCACGAAAGUUUAUCUCGGCAGGGACAGCAUAACGGAGAUCAGCGGGCCAGGUUACAAGCAAGAGAGGAACCUCCUCGCUACGCUUUUUGACCCGUUCGACGUGUACGGUAUGAUCAAAGGCAGAGACCAGAGGACACGUUUCUGGGAUGAUAAUGGCGACGCUGGAAAAGCCGAAGCUGACGCGGUAUGAACUUUGACGCCAAAGUAGGCUAGAAAAGCCGAGCAAUAGUGACACGAGUUGGAAUUAGGAGAUAUUUCGCGGUUAGACGUCUACCUACGACGGUGGAUAGGCUAGUAGGGUACGAUGGAUAAGAUCGAGGCGCGACUCACGUCCACUGUGACGAAGUGAUGGGGCUCGGCGUAAGGGGGAUUGUCAUCUGGAACCGGGGUCCGUUGGAAACGGGAUGGAAACGGGAGCCACACCAGGCGAUAGCAUCUGUCGACU